UUAAUGGUUAAUUUUUAUGACAGCCUCUCGCAUAUCAUCGAGUGUAGUUUGUACUAGUAAGAUUUACUGGAAAAUCCGUUAUACGUUUUAUUCUUCUAUAUUUCCAGACAAGAAAACUGGCUCAUUGAUGACUAAAAUGCAAAAAUUACCCACUGCAAUCACACUUAUUUCAGCGUUGUGUAUAUUUUAUGAGGUCAAAACAACUCCCAUCAAAAUCGACACUCCCUACCCCCCUCAGUGGCCUAGUGCACCAUCAAGUAUUGAAGAAUACCCUCUAAAGGACAUCCACGGUACGAAGAGCCAUGUCAUAGACCCCUGGAUCUACAAGCAAAGACUUGGGGUCUUCAAGAUCAUGAUCAUCACAACAGAGAGCUACUUUAAGCCUUGGGGGUUCAACAACACUGGGAAUCUACUAUGGGGUCUACCCCUGCAGUUUGGAUGGCAAAUGUCGUCGAAAAGACUACAGGUCCGWGCCUAUUCCACUYCAAAGAAGUCYGAUUACUCACUCGAAUUCACGCCAGMAAGCUGGUGGGCGAAUAUGAAUUAUUACUUGUCAAUCAUUCCAUUUCUUGGCGCAGUAAAGGCUGGGGUUGUUCCUCAUUCAAAGUAUCCAUUCUACAUCCCUUUUCCGCAAAAUGUCACGACUGAAAUGCGUGACAGGUUCUGCACGAGUGUCACGCAAUGUCAGUCACGGUUUCCUAGUUUAAUGGACAAAUGGAGCACUUUCUUUGAUCAUCUUCGUACCAGAGAAUACGAUAACUUUGGUCAAGAUAUGGACACCACAGUUGGUCUAUUAUGGGAUGCGCAUGUGUCAUCGAUAGCGACUGCAAAGUCCAUGUUUACAGACAAUCUUCAUCUGUUAUCCGUCCCAGAGAUGCACUUCGGUCGUGGUUGGGCUCUUCUUGUGGAUUUCAUCGCUGCUACUCACUUCCAAACUAAUAUGAACAACACCUACCAACAACAGGUUAUAGCUCUGCCCCCGCGUAUUUUGCACAGCGGUGACUACCCACCUCAUAUACCCGACUUUACUAAAUACCAGAACAACGCCCUACAAAUUAUCAACUUGAUAUACAACGCCGAGACACUGACUGACGGAGGAUUUUUGUAUAUAUGGAAAAAGGCCAUGUGUUCUGAUAAAGGGAGAGCAGAUGGGAGAGAGAUGUUGGAAAACYUUCUGGAACAUCCCAUCGUUGUUGUCGAAGACUUGAUCAAACUGGUGAUUGAUUUCAUAAAGGACCAUGAUUGCUAACACACUAGAGAACACACACGAGCGACUGAACUUUCUUCUGAAAAAGGGAUGAGAUUU